AUGCGUAAUACUAUCGAUUUGUGGUUUACUUCCCACGUCGGGGAAUAUUUCGCCUUACGUNGCGGACAGUGGAAUUACUUGGGAAAAUGCGACCGGUCUCUCUACUGCCAACCGCAGAAGGCCACUUUAUACAGCUACGUCGUGGAAGAUACUAAAAAAGUGUUUAGCAUCGGCAGGGGUAUCUGUAAGCCAGGAUCGCCCGAACUAAGCUCCGACCAGGCUCAUUCCACCUUCUGUCGUCCUAAAUGUACCUGGGAAUUUUGUAGUAAAAAUCCUAAAGCUAUAUGUUCCGCAAUCGAUAACGCCGAGAAACUUCAAGAAUGCCAAGGAAGUUGUCAACAUACUUCGUGUAGAGCAUGUCGUUAUUUGGAACGAGAACACAGCUGCAUUAAGUGCUCGCGUGACGAUUUCGGAUGCAUGCAGAAAUUUGGAAAAUGUGCCAAACAGAAAUUCUGCACCAGGAAAAAGUUUCCUUGCAAGAUAGAUCGGGAGAAAGAAGAAACGGAAUGGAAAUUUCAAUGCCAAGUUGCCGAGUGUUUAGACAAAACGGAAAAUACUCUUACAGGAGAAGGCUAAAGAUCAUCAUCAUCUGCAAUUACAAUCGUCGGAGGACGAAAUAUUCGUGCUUAUUUUAAGUGUCUUUUAUGGGUUUAAGGUGAUUCGUGGACACAUCGUUAGUAUAUGUAAACGAUUUUAAGACCAAGCAAAAUUUCAAAACGUACGCUUGAAAACGUCGCGAUUAUUUCAGUUUAUUUAUAUCGAAUCUUGCAAUAAAUGUAUUCAAAAUAACAUACUAAAUUUGUGCAUUAAAAAUUAAUUGAAAUAUUAUUUUUAUUUGAAGAGCUAAGAAAAUAGAGAUAUUUUCAAAUUAGAAUAUUAAAUAAAUAUUCCAGAAAUCUGUGUUGUACAGCAGACCAAAAGUCAGUUGACUGUCUUUUAAUAAAAUAAAAAUGCUGAAUUAAUUACGGGCUAUAACCCGGCUAGUUAAAUGUAUAGGAGUUAUGUAAUUUGACUAAAGGAAGGCGAUUACAUCGCCAUCUGGUAUCGAAUUUAAUAAUUAGUAUUUAAUUAAUUAAUUUAGUAUAUUUAGAGAGGAAAAAUCGGCCCGGAGCGGAACCCGAAAUUUCUGAUUACCGUGCCAAUAACGCUAGCCGGAUCUUUGUCCGAACUUGGCUACCGGAGUAAUUAUUAGAAGAUAUAACCAUACUAGCCACAGAUCAGAGGAACUGGGGACGACUACGCUCCCUGUGUUCUCCGUGAUCUCAACCCAGUUCAAGCUUUGAUCGAGGCUCGGUAUAUAUACAAUUAUAUAAUAAGCCGAGCCAAAAUUAGGUAAGGUAAGGUGCCUAAAUAUUGUCACCUGUCAUAUCUGUCAUAUCUAACGUUGAUGACACUGUCACUGGCUGAAUUAGCCAGCCACUGAUUGAUAGGUGAUAUGGUGACAGGUUUGUUGUCCGUUGCCGCGUAAUUUAGGAAAAUUGAUUUGAAGUAGUGC